GCUCCAGAAACAGGUUGACAAGAACUUUCUUAAAGCAGAAAAGCAAAGGUUGCGAGCUGAGAAGAAACAGCGUAAAGCAGAGGUCAAGGAACUUAAAAAGCAGCUUAAACUCCACAGGAAGAUUCAUCUGUGGAAUUCGAUCCAUGGGCUCCAGAGCCCCAAGUCUCCUUUGGGCCGACCCGAGAGCCUGCUGCAGUCUAACACCCCAAUGCUCCCUUUGCAGCCCUGUGCCUCAGUUAUGCCAACCCUCAGUGCAGCAUUUGUGGAUGAGAAUUUGCCUGAUGGGACUCACCUCCAGCCAGGAACCAAGUUUAUCAAACACUGGAGGAUGAAAAAUACAGGAAAUGUAAAGUGGAGUACAGACACAAAGCUCAAGUUCAUGUGGGGAAAUCUGACUUUGGCUUCUACAGAAAAGAAGGAUGUUUUGGUUCCCUGCCUAAAGGCCGGCCAUGUGGGAGUUGUGUCUGUGGAGUUCAUUGCCCCAACCCUGGAGGGAACAUACACUUCCCACUGGCGUCUUUCUCACAAAGGCCAGCAGUUUGGGCCUCGGGUCUGGUGCAGUAUCAUAGUGGAUCCUUUCCCCUACACAGAGAGCUCUGAUAACAUUGAAAAGAGCAUGAUCAGCUCAAGCAAAGGUGAUGAUCUCACCUGCCAGCAAGAGGAAGCUCUUCUUCCGGCUAAAGAAGAAAUUCCACCUGGUGAAACAACUGAGCAGGCAGAAGGGACAGGAACCUGCAUCCCACAGAAGGCCAAAAAUGCUGCCAGCGAGAGGGAGCUCUACAUCCCAUCUGUGGACCUUCUGACUGCCCAGGACCUGCUGUCCUUUGAGCUGUUGGAUAUAAAUAUUGUCCAAGAGUUGGAGAGAGUGCCCCACAACACCCCUGUGGAUAUGACUCCCUGCAUGUCUCCUCUGCCACAUGACAGUCCUUUAAUAGAGAAGCCAGGCUUGGGGCAGAUACAGGAAGAGAGUGAAGGGGCGGGAUUUAAAGAACUUCCUGAUUCCACAGUGUCAGUAAAGAAGAGGGCUGAGAACAUUUCUUCAGUGGAGGAAGCAGAAGAUGACCUGAGUGGGACCCAGUUUGUGUGUGAGACUGUAAUCCGAUCCCUUACCUUGGAUGCUGCCCCGGAUCACAAACCACCUUGCAGACAGAAGUCCACGCACAGGGCAGAAUUUCAGUUGCACACCACAGAGGAGCAGCAGCUGGUUGUGCUGCCUGGGUUCUGCAGCAAGGAGUCUUCUUUGAAAUUUGACCUAUACCUUUAAGCAUGAUUUAUCUCA